UGCUUACAGUGCUGUAAUACACGGUGUCUUCAUAACUAUCUGUCAGCAUUUUACUGUCAAGUAUUUUUUUCUUCUUUCUGGUUUGUAGCGUGCUAGACAAAACAUGCCCAGUAGACAGUUUCACUGCUGAGGCAAUGAACACUGGCAAAUGUGGCCAACGUUUUUCAACGUCUGAUGUACACACAAGCAUACCAGUGAGAACUCAGCAAAGUUAGUUCUUUUUGAAAUACACUCACAAAUCAUUAGAAGGAAAACACAGUGCCGAUACACAAGCUUAGACAUGUACUCAGAUUUCAUGAUUGCCGCCCUCGGCAGGCCUCUACAUCCUGGGAUGCUCUAUAACGCCCGCAAUGACACCAUGAUUCCAGGGUUGAAGUUAUGGGACGACGCUGACAUGCAGAAGGUUAUGAAGGUCAAAGGUCAACAGAACACCAGCUUCAACGUCACAGCCUCUGACUCCUUCUCCAAGAAGUCCAAGCUGCUGGACGUGCAGGCUAAGUUGCAAGCUAGCUUCUUAAGUGGCAUGAUAUCAGUGGAGGGAAGCGCUAAGUACUUAAAGGACAGGACCGAGUCGAUGCAUCAGUGCAGGGUGACCCUGCAGUACAAGGAGACGACGGUGUUCAAGGAGUUGAUGACGCUAGAGAUGGAGAUCAAGCACCCUGAGAUCUUUGACAAGAACGAGGCCACGCACGUGGUCACGGCGGUGCUGUACGGCGCGGAGGCCUACAUAGUGUUCGACCAGAUGGCGUCCGACCUUCAGAAGAAGCAAGAGAUCUAUGGCGAGCUUGAAUUGUCGGUGAAAAAAAUCCCGCAGCUUGAGAUAUCGGGCAAGGGGCGGGUGGUCAUCAACGACAAUGAGCGGAAAAAAGUGAAGCAGUACAAGUGCACCUUCCACGGAGACUUUAAGCUGAAACAAAACCCCUCGUCCUACGAGGAGGCUGCAGUCGUGUACAAGUCCCUACCGACCAUGCUGGGCCAAAAGGGCGAGGCUGCCAUACCGCUGAAGGUCUGGCUCUACCCCUUGAAGAGCAUCAACCCCAAGGCCGCGGAACUGGUGCGGGACAUCAACGCAACCUUGGUGACGGCGUUUGAGUGCAUCAUGGAGGACCUUCAACAGGCCAAGAUCAGGGUCCUCGACCUCAUCAAGACGAGCAAGGUCAUCCCGUUGGCUGAGAUCACGGGGAAGCUGACGGCCUUUCAGAUGAAGCUGGCGGGCUACACGGUGGUGCUGAAGAGGAAAGUCCUGGAGGUGCUUCCGGAGAUCCGCGGGGGCACGGUGCCCGAGACGGCCUUUGAGGACAUCCUCCACUUCCACCACCACUCGUCCUUCACCAGGCGGUGGAUGACCCAGUGGCUGGACGAGAAGGAGACGGAGAUGGGCAUCGUGACGUCCUACGUACAGCUCAUGAGGGGCAUCCCGGUCGUGCCCCCGGGUCCCAGGCUGCACAAGGUCCUCUAUCACCCGAGGCUCGACGUCGUCGCCAUGUUCAGCUUCACCUCGCUCACCUACGCCGAGCCCUACCUGGCCAACCUCGAGGAGUGCCUCGCCUGCGAGGAUUUCCGCAAGAUGGCCGACGUCAAAGUGGCGACGCAAAAGUCGUUUGUGAGGAACACGGUGCCGUGGUAUGAGCACCCGGAGACCAUUCCGGCCAUGCGGGCCUGUCUGACCCACUUCUUCAUCGUGAAGGGCCGCUGCGACAAGAACUCCCUGCACACGGCGUUGAUCAGCUUUGUGUCCGACACGGCGUACUUGGGAUCGUCCAUUCGCGUGUACAGGAACGGGGCGUGCAUAAAUCCACAUUACAAACCUCCGAACGCGAAGUCACAGUCGGGGAGAAGCAUCUUCGAUGAGGGAGGACCAAAUGCGAACAGAGACCAUAACCCUGAUGAGGAGGACCAGUUUAGACCGGAUGCUGUUGAUGAUCAUCAUGCUGAAUUAUACCUGGAUACUCCCAACGCAGUUGAGGAAAAGCCAUUAAACACGUAUACUACAGAUGAUGAAGACAAAAAAGAAUUCUGGUGUCCAUAGAGGAGUCAACUUGAAAAAACUCCCGCACACUGACCAUUUUGCUGUUUUUGCUUUA